UUGAAACCUGGUUAACAUAGCAUCUAUUUGACUAAGUUUUUGCUAAUCAUUUUCAUUAAUUUGUUCUUCCUUGCUACAUUCAAGAGUCUAUCCAUCCUACAUUGAAGCCUCUUGUGAGCAAGCAUUAGUUCAUAUCCUUCAUUAACAUUUUCUUCAUUUUGGAUGUGGUACUUAUUUGAGGAAUGAAAUGAUGACAUGAAAGUUCGAUUAAGUUCUUUAAUUUUUUCUUCAGUAGUCAUUUCAGUUAUCAAUCGAGUUUUUCUGAAGUUUUUCUUAAGCGAUUUUUUAUUGACGACAUCAGGAAACACACCCUUGACUGAAUGCUGGUAAAGUUCGUCUUCAUAUUCUUUGAGAUAUUUCUCCUCUUCCUGCUUUUGGAAUGCUUGCAGUAUUUCUUUCUGAUAAGUGAUGCUCAUCGGAUAAGCUUCUGCUGCUUCUGCUGUUUCACCUGCAUCGCUGUCAUUGUUGCUCGGAUCAAUAGAACCAGAAAAAUUGAAGAGGUUUACUUGGACAAUAAGCUGUGAGGAUUUUUUAUGGAUCAUUGAACAUAUAGAUCCUGCCUUGCCUGGUAUACGAGGAAGUGAAACUAGUCGAAACAUUUGUGAAUGUGAAAAUAUAUAAAAAUAUAUUGUAAUU